AUGGCCAGCUCGGCGCUGCAGUGGGUGGGCCUGCUGCUGGGCGGGGCGGGCGCGGUGGGCACCGUGGCCGUGACCAUCAUGCCGCAGUGGAAGGUGUCCGCCUUCAUCGGCAGCAACAUCGUGGUCUUCGAGACGCUGUGGGAGGGGCUGUGGAUGAGCUGCCGCAGCCAGACCCACCUCCGGCUGCAGUGCAAGGUCUACGACUCGCUGCUGGCCCUGCCCACCGACCUGCAGGCGGCCCGCGGGCUCAUGUGCGCGGCCUGCGCCCUGGCCGCCCUGGCCUCGCUGGCCGCCGCGCUGGGCAUGCGCUGCUCCCGCUGCGCCGGGGCCGAGGCCGAGGCCAAGGGCGCGACCCUGCUGGCCGCCGGGGUCCUGUUCAUGGUGGUGGGCGUGGCGGUGCUGGCGCCCGUGAGCUGGGUGGCCGCCUCCGUCGUCCGGGACUUCUACGACCCCACCCUGGACGACGGCCGGAAGCGCGAGCUCGGGGAGGCGCUGUACCUGGGCUGGGUCUCCGCGCUGCUGCUCGUGGCCGGGGGCGCCGUCCUGUCCUGCGUGUCCUACGUCCCCGGCGAGAGCGGGGGCCCCAGGUACCACCUGCCCGCCCGCCGCGCGGCCCCCAGGAGCUGGUACUCAGAGAGGAAGCCGGGCAGCGUGCCCUCGCGAAGCCAGUACGUGUAGGCGGCCAGGGUUCUUCUCCUCUUUUUACUCUUUAUUACAGAGAGUAUAUAUUCUAUUUCUAAAUGUUUUUUCUGGAGUAUUUUCUUGAUGUCAGAGAGGAAGGGAGAGAUAGAAACUCAAUGAUGAGAGAAUCAUGGAUCAGCUGCCUCCUGCACGCCCCACACUGGGGAUCGGGCCCACAACCCGGGCCUGUGCCUGACCGGGAAUCGAACCCUGACCUCCUGGUUCACAGGUCCACGCUCACCCCCUGAGCCACGCCGGCCGCGCCGUGUGGAGGUUUUGGCUUCACCUCGUAGGUGGCCGCGAUGCCCACUGUUUCCCGCGAGCGGAGCCCGCGGCCUGGACUCGCGGCUCUCACCUGCGGAGCAUCCACCGCCCGUCCCGAGGACGGUUCUGUGGGGCUCAGAGCGCAGCCGAGGAGACAGGGAGACCCGCGCCUCAGCGGCCCGUCCGGAGGUUUGCCUCUUACCACUCCUGGUCCUGCGAGGCCCCGCUUAGUCCCGCCUCCCGGACCUCUCCCAGCCGCCCGUCCAGCCUCUCCACUGCACGUCCCCAGGCCUCAUCGGGCGUCCUUCCUCCCUGACCUGAGCCGGCCUCGCUGACCGCUGCCGCUCCUCGCCGGGACCCCCAGGCCCGGGACGCGGCCGUGUGCGCGGGUCGGAGGACGUGGGUGUCUCCCAGAGACCGGGUCGGGCUCCUGUGGUCCUGAUUCUAAAGGAGAUGCGGGUCCAUUCCGCUGAGUCAACAGAACGCACCCCGCGCCCCUCGGGGCCUGGGGCGAGGUGGAGACGGGACGUUAACGGUUGAAACGCGGCUCAGCGACGCGUGCACGGGGUUUAUCACGGCGGUUUGGACAAAAGGCUUUAAUCGGCGGAUAAAGGCGACGCCGGGCUCUCCGGCUCCUGCCUGCUCUUCCCCGAGGCCUGUCUGUCCUCCGAUCAAAUCAACCACCUGGAAAGGCAGGUCUGCGUCAGGGGCUGCAUUCUGCAAACUGCUUUCGCCAGAACUACACUCCGGAGGCGGCCGGAGGGACCAGGAGACCUUAGAGACGGCAGGGAGCGAAGCGUCUUCUGAACUGCGUCUCAGGGGUGCGUUCUGAUAAGAAGUCACGCGUGUGUGUAUGGAUGUGAAUCGCGUGGUAACUGCGUGAAUAAAGACUUUGGUUUUUACCAACGUAAACAACAGGACAGAAAAAUGAAAUGCCUUGGUUUUAUUUGCUAACCAAAAACCACCACCACCAACAAAAAACCCACGCAAAUUCUCUCUGAACCUGGGCUUCUCCGCGGGGGUCCCGUCACCGUCAUUCCCGGUGUCCAGACACAUUUCCCACGCGUCCCGCUUGUGCUGUGUGUUAGGACGGUAUAGAAAUUGUCUAGUUUUGUGUUUCCUCCAAAGUUGAUGCCAUGGAUCAUCUCAUUUGAAAGUCUGUACCCACAUUUCCUUAGCUGACGUGACUGUCUGCCCUCUGCUUUAUGUCCUUUGUAUUAAUAAAUUUGCCUUUUAUAUAAAUUUUA